AUGAAGAAGAAGAAGGGAUGGCCGGAUACGACGGAGUGCGCAUUUGGAUUUUUUACUGACUCUUCUUCCACUUUUCAAAUCUGCUUCUCUAACUGUUGUUGUUAUUUUUCACAGCCGUUUGCAAAGGGAAUAGAUGGAGAACUGGGAGAUGGAAGGACGGCGGAGUUGAUUGGGUGUUGGACCGGUAGGCAUAGGCGGAGGAACUGUGAUGGUAGUGGGGAGUUGAGGUCUACGGUUGAGGGCAGAACAAGAAGGGAGAAAGAUGGAUUUUACGCUGUGAUGAAGAACCAAGAGGCAGUGAAUCUUAUCAGGCACAUAGAGGAUCCACAAGAAGCAGCUGAAUGCCUAGCUAAGGAAGCAUUGGUUAGGAGGAGCAAAGGUUUUGAUAUGCAGGAUAGUUUUGAAUAUCCAGAAAAAUGGUUUUGA